GUGGACGGUAGGUAAUCCGGUAGGAAAAAUAAUGUUUCGUCGUUUGGGAUGGAGGAAAAGGGAUUCACGUGUUGGUGACUUUUAUCGGGAACACCAUUCCCGUCCGCCUUAACACCUCGUGGGGAAGGAACGGUGAUUUAUACGAGCUUGAUCGGCCGUCCUAAGCCUCUCUCGUUAGAAUCGAUUGCGCGAGGGUGGACGAGGAACGCGCGUUGCUUCCAUCCCUGGUCACGUUUUACCCCUGCCGAAAUUAGGUCGUCUCGACGUUUCGAUCAGAUUUCUCGAAACAAUUCUCUCAACUGUCAGCCUGCCGGAUAUUCUCGAGCAAAGAAAUUCGCGUCGAUGAAAAAUUCGCCAAAUGUGAACGUCGCUCGAGGAUUCGUUCUCUUAAAAUUCCUUGCAUCGACUUUAAAAACGGCACGCUUGUCGUUAAACGUUCAAUCGCUCCGAGAUUGGCUCGUUAGGCGUACGUUCGGUUCGCGAUCCGCCAGAGGAAUAAUAAUAGCCGAGGAAAGGAUAGAGAGAAAAGAGUCGUAGCGUAUGUAUCGUCUUCUUAACGACGUCUCCUCAGGACGCACGAACCUCGAAUCAACGAUUUAUUAUCCGUCCCGCGAGGAUCAAUACCAUCGAAGAAGAUGCAUUCCCACGUUGAAAUUGAAAUCUAUUCGCCUUCUCUUGUCUCUGCGCCUUCCUCCCCGCCUCGUCCGCGAGCGUUGUUGCGAGUCUUGAUUGCCAGUCGGCUGUAAAGAACGUUCGAUGCAUACGACGUCGGCAUGCAGCGGUUGCAAGAGACAACGACCGACUUCAAGGUAGUAGCAAAGCCAAGUCGUCAGUCGACGGGGCUUAUGUAAGCUGCCUAGAUGUUUCGAGGUCUGCCGUGCGCUAGGGGACGAUGAACGCUAGUGCUAGCGAUAGUCGUAUUUCCCUUUGCUGAGCAAGCUUUUCUUUCCGAUCCGAAUUUCAGAUGGGAUUGUGUUUGGAGAAAGCGGAACGAAAACACCGUACCUAGAUGCUUCGGCUAUUGUCUCCCGGGAGUAGAAUGUAAAAAAAGAAAUAUGCAAGCUUAUUUCACAUAUUUGUUCUAAUUGAACACGUGUUUGCUCGCAAACGUUUCAGCAGCCGCGAACGUGUUAAAUCGGCAAGCUGAUAGCGGGCAUAUUAGCAAAGUUGCAGGUUUGAGUACAUUGUAUGGCUGAUUUGCCAUGUACAAGGUGUACGCCGUCAGGAAAACGAGUUUAUUAAAAGCAACCACGUUCUGUCGAUAGCGAUCGACACACUGGCCAAACCGGAAUGUCUCGUUCGCGUUGCAGCAAUUUCCGUGACUGCAUUCGAAAGCUUAAAGAAUGCAACGAGGCCCUCCCCCUCGUAGCUGAAUGGGUUCCGCGAAAGAAAACGUGUCAACGGGUAUCACGUGUCCCUUCGUCGUGGAAAGCAAACGUACCCGGGACAAUUUCUACCCGGUUUGAAGGAUACGCCGGUGGGUGCAGACGGCUCCCAAAUGACGCGUACCAUUCGAAUCUCGUCGAUCUUUAUACGCCUUCCCUCCCGACAGUUCCAUCAAUUUCUAUAUACGCGAAAGGAAAGAUACGCCCACGGUGGAUGUAAAACGCGGCGAGAGUCUCUUUCUCUCUGGAGAGUCUUGUAACGGGGCGUUUUAUUCAGAGCUCGGAUCCUGCUAUCGACAACUCAUCGAACGAGAUAAUGGAAAAAUGACGGCUACCACCGGUUUCUUGAUAGGCUACCGUUCAAAAGCCUUUUCUUUAAAGCAGCUUUUUAUAUACCUCGGUGGACCGAUUACGAAUAAUUGGAUGCAAUUGCCGCGAUUAGAGUAGCUCGAACCACCCGUUACUUUUCCUCCUUCUUGAUCUUGUUGCCUCUUAAUUUGCUGUUACCGCGUUCCUCGUCCAACGCCACGAUUCCAUGGGCUCGGGUAAUUCGAUGCUUACGAUCGGUUUCUAUGGGACGAUUUACGGGAAUCAUACGUUGGCAGUGUAGAAGAUGAAUUCGCGAUGACACGCGACGAGGCACGCGUUUUCCUGCAUUCCCAGGCGCCUUGGGCAAACGGUGCACCCGUGUAACGAGCUUCAUUUUUUAUAAUUUUCUACCACACGUGAAUUUUUACACGUAGAAUCGAUGCUCUCGAAGUAGAGUCGAUAGGACGGAGAAAAGGAUGAGGGGGGAAUGCUUCUAGACGAGGUAUCGGAAAAGCGAUUUCAGCCGACGUCGCUCAUACUUUAUCCGAUAAAACGAGAGGUCCGGCGACGAACGUCGAUUUUAACUUGGAAAAUUCGCGUUUAAGUUGUUGAUCGAUAGAGAAAAUAUCGGUUGGUUUAAGCAAACGUUUCAAGGAACCCGCAAUCUUCUCGGCCAGACUCGAUGAUAGGUCUCGAUUGACCUUUCGUCGGUGUCGUAGUUAAGUUCCUUCCAGACACGGGUUGUAUCUUCGAACUUUCGAUCGGAUGUCGUCGAACUUUCCGACCAGCAGCUCCGAACAACUCCCCGGACCCAGGUCGGACAUUUAAAUGCAAAUACACUUUUUUACUUAUAUUUAUAUGCAAAUAUGGGCGUUCCCGCGCGGCGGAUGGAAGCUGGCUGGGACGCGGCGCGAAUAAAAACGGCGGGUAUUUGAGAAAAGGCAAUGUUCGCUCGCGAUACCUUGCAAUUAUCCUCAGUCGAGCCAUCUACCAAUCACGGUGACUGAAAUUCUCGGUUUUUCACCUUCGUUUUAUCAAAAUUCCUGAAACUUGAAGAUCAAGUGAGACGAGUCGCGUAACGACGUGCCGUUUCUUCGAGUACUCGAUCACUCGGGCAUGUAUCGUUAUCGGCAAGCAGACUGCAUUUUCCUGUUCUUUAUCUUCCUCCGAUUUUUCCGGAUUCAUUUGUUCGAGGAACUUUACUAGAACCAUCGAGCUUUCCUAGUGUUUUCACCGAAGGCGACGGAAAACGGCGUCGAGCUUUUUCCGCGAUGAAUUUUCGCGGGAAUUCAAGAAAUUCGCAGAUGUCGCGAGGGAAUCUCAGCGAGGAGACGUUUAAAAUGUAGAUGCACUCAUUUAAAUACCUUGGUCCGCGUUCGCGAUUUAAUCGUCCUCGUUUUCUUCGGCCCUUGCCGUGUUUUUCCCCCCCUUUCUCUCGCCGCCAUUAUCUCGACAAGGGUGCUCUUUCUUUCAGCGUUGCGUCGAGGGGCGAGAGAAAGAGAUAGCCGAUCUGUAAUCCGAAAGUUGUCAGCCGCACAUCGCGCUGCCCUAAUGGAAUUUGAAUGUCGUUAGCCGAAGUAACCGGGCGUGAGGAAGGGACCUUAUCCCUAUUACCGCCUCCUCGUCGACCCCUCUCCUAGUUUGUGCCGAUGAUACGGCCUCUGCCGCAGGUAUCGCCCUUCAGGACGAGCCUUUCUAUCCGGCCAAGUUUAUUGGAGCGCGAAAACGCGUCGGGUUAGGAUGAUCGUUCUUUUCCUUUCUUUCUCUCUUCAACCUUUGUUCCAUGUACUAUUUCUUUCGACGCCCAUUUCUGUGCAAGAACGAUCAUACAGGGCGCGUCAACCCCUCCCGAAACUUUCAACUAAGCAUGCUUUAACGCGUUUAAUCCUUCAUUAUCACAUCGAGAUUUGAAAAGCUGCGAGACAAACCAUAGUUUGCACUUAUUUUCGGAUCGCGUUAUAGAAGGAAGGAUCGAUUCGACGUGAGAAACAAACGAACGGAAUUUUGAAUCGACAGCAAGAUUUUCGAAGAAUGGCAGACGACAAAGAAGACUUCAAGAAGCUCUUCAGGAGAAGGCUUCCUCAGUACAUGGCUGCGACAGCAGCGUGCUUGGGUGGAUUCUCGUUGGGAACCAGUCUAGGAUGGAGCGCGCCUUGCGUGGAAAUAUUGAAGAGCCAGUACAAUUACAACGUGUUCUCGACCAACGUGGUCGCGUCCGUGCUUCCACUGGGCGCAGCAUUGGGCAUGAUCGUGGUGCCAUUUUUGAUCGACAAGAUCGGCCGAAAAUGGACGAUGUUGGCGCUCGUACCACCGAUGCUCCUCGGUUGGCUCCUCAUCAUUUCCGCCGUGUCCGUGGUAGGCUUGGUGAUCACUGGCAGAUUUUUAAUCGGCGCCUGCGGGGGUAUGUGCUGCGUCGCGGCGCCGAUGUACACCGCUGAGAUCUGCGAGAAGCAGAUCAGAGGCACUCUGGGCGUGUUCUUUCAAUUAUUGCUCGUGAUCGGGAUUUUGUACGCUUACUGCUGCGGCUACAGUAGGAGCGUCAUCUGGACGUCGGCGUUGUGCGGCGGGACGCCCAUUCUGUUCGCCUGUGCCAUGAUCUUCAUGCCGGAGAGUCCGCUUUACCAUUUGUCGAAGAACGACGAGGAUUCCGCGAGGAAGUGUAUGCGAUUCCUCCGUGGACCGGACACAAAUUUCGAUUCAGAGAUCGACGCUUUCAAAGAACAGGUAGAACAUAGCCACAAGCAGAAGGUGAAACUGUCGGUGUUCCUGAAGAAACCUGUGCUAAAAACCCUGGGACUCGCGUACGGGAUGAUGUUCGCGCAACAAUUCAGCGGGAUUAACGCGGUGAUUUUCUACGGGGAGACGAUAUUCAAGCAGACCGGCGUCGAGAUGGAUUCUCUGCUUCAGGUGGUCAUCUUCGCGGUGGUCCAAGUUUUCGCCUGCGUUGUCUCGGCCCUGUUGGUCGACAAGCUGGGUCGAAAGUUCCUAAUGAUGUUAUCCAUGGGCGCGAUGUCCCUCUGCUUGCUGGCCCUCGGUGUCUUCUUCCUGGUGAAGAACAAACAGCCCGACAAGGUUUCUCACAUCUCUUGGUUGCCACUCACGUCUGCCUGUCUCUACAUCCUGACCUUCUGUCUUGGCGCCGGUCCCAUACCGUGGGCGUACAUGGGCGAGAUCUUCCCCGCGAAGCUGAAGGGUGUAGCUUCCUCUAGCGCGGCUUUCUUCAAUUGGAUCCUAGCUUUCACGGUAACGGUGUCGUUCUCCACCGUGACCGACACGAUCGGAAACGCGCCCACGUUCUUCAUCUUCUCCAUAAUUUGCACCCUGAGCGUGGUAUUUCUGAUGUUCUUCAUGAUCGAGACCAAGGGGAAGACUUUCGCCGAGAUUCAGCAGGAAUUUGGCACGUUCGAUGUGGAGGACUGACAAGUGGAGGUUCUAAAUGAAUCCAAGGAGAAGAGGGAAAACUCGAUGACCCAAGGAAUGGAUAGCUUUAUAAUUCAAUUUAUCCGUAAAAUAAAUGUUAUCGUAACUCGAGGUAAACGAACGCGACUCUAUUAAUACUAUAGAAAAUAAUCAAGGCAAACGAUUUUAAUCAGAAACCACCCUUUUGUGUUUAAAUUGCACCAGGGGGGUUGAAGAGAAAAGAGUCGUUCGUGUUGCCACGCUUUCCGGAGAGACGAAUUCCUCUCAAAGCGUCGGAGGAGAAGGGAAGCAGGAUGCUAAACUUGAACUCGGGAUUAUGCGGCUCGAGCAUGCACGUAUGUGCAUCGACACGCACAAUGGCGUAUCCACGCACCCACCGGGUGCCUUGCCCUUGGAAGCGGGUCUCGAGCCGACAAUGAUCCGCUUGUGGCUGGCUCCACUCGUUUCGAAUGAAAAAUCCGCUGAGAUUAGUGCACGAGCAGAGUUACGCGUGUAACGAGAAGCCCCGACGUUUGAGCGGAAAAAGGCAUGAACGCGUUCUUUCAUGGACGUUGACCCGAGAGAGGAUAAUCGAAGAACAUCGACUUGAUCAAUGAGCUUGAUUGAUGUUCCACGAUGCGCUGGAACUUACGAAACCUCUCUAUUUCUCUUUUUCUAAUAACGGCUUAAGUUUUUCCAAGGAAGAAGGGAAUAAACGAUGUCGUUAGGGGUACUUGACCGUUGCAACGUCUCGGGAUCUUUGACCCGAUCGUAGUCUUUAUUUUUACGAUACACAUUCAUCAGAAAUCUAUUAACAGGGUAGGGUUGCUCUGGUGAUAGCUCGAAGGGGGUGAUUCGACCCCGUGGUAACGUCGGAUUGCACGCAGCGACGAGGAACGACUGCACACGGACGUGCAUUUGUCAUGCAGUUGCCGUCGCCUUGGUAGGCGUUCGCUUUCAUCGAUUAUGCAUUCGAAUUUAUAUUUAUGAAGCGUAGUAGCUGCGCUCGUAUCGCCGUUCUAAUAAUGGAUGCUGCUAUAAAACCUUCUCGUCGUUGCUCGCUGCCUACGCUCCUGCGUUGUCUCCGUUGCAGAUUUUCCGCUUUAUGUAGUCGGCACGUUACGCGGAUCUGCUUUACGGAUUUCGGGGGAAAUAUUUCAACGGGAGUGAUUCCAUUUCAGCGACUCGUAGCCGGAUGUUUUCGAUUCCGCGACCCGGGUGAAGGUGAGCAACGGGUGAUCGCGGUUACGAAUAUAUUAUUCAUUUUUUCAUGUUAUUAUAGUAAGUCAAGGUGUCGACUUUAAGAAAAUCGACGUAUGGUACGUACGCGGGGCGCUCGUUUCCCUUCGUCACCGAAUAAAUUUACCGGCGAAACCGAGAGUAUAAGAGAGAAAGGAGGCAGGUCGUAAGAAACAGCCCCGAAGCGGGAGGGCAGCCGAGACCAGACGAGUUUUUCGCGCGUUCCCGCAAGAACGGACCCGGUUCUUUCUUCGUGGGAAGAAAGCAGGCUUCUGGAAGCGACAGGGGAAGAAAGUCGCCAAAGGACCUUUGACGGGAUAUCACGGUCGUCGACAAACUGAUUGAAUGCGUUUUCGAAAUUCUGGUUUCAGACUCGGAAACGUGUUUCUUCAUGACAAUUCUGUAUAAAUUAUAUUUAUUCAUAAUUCUAUGAUAUUCGGACGUUUUGAACGAGUUUGACGUUGAAAACUCGUUCCAUUAGAGUGAGAACGAUCUUAUCUGGUGCAUUACUGACAAAACCUGUUAACACUUGGAGUACCGCGUUAACAUUCUAUUUCCGAUAAACGAAGUACUAUAUUUUAUAUUCAAAGAGGUGUUAGAAUUCGUGUCGAUUUUCUCCUCGUCAUUGGCGCGGAUAAAUGUGGACCAGACUCGAUCCAUCCCGAUAUCCUUUUCAAGCGACGCUGGACCGACCCAGUGGUCGUGCACGGUAGUCGAUCGCUCGAGAGAGCCAGUUCGAACCGUGUCUCUUGUAUAUUUCAUGAACGUCGAGUUUCCAUCCUCGUCGGUGCACCGCCAGUACAGAAGGUCCGUGCACGUUGCUGACGUGGAUACCGAGCCACGCACGAUUCCAUCGGCCAACCAUUUUAUUAUACGCGACAUUCGUGUCUGUGGAAAAUUGCUUUUUUUGUUUUUUUAUCCAGCCACCCGGACAGUUUUACGUGCCGCGAUAAGGAUGAUUACAAAAAUAAAGUUUGCAUUUAAAUACACCCUUGAUUUUCUACAAUUCCAUGAAAAGAGACUUUAAAGGGGAUAGGUCAGGUGAUAUCGUCUCUUCUUCUUUCUUCUUCUUGCCCUCGUUUCGUCGAGGCGAAGUUUCUUGGCUUCGAACUCGAAGCGACUUCAAUUCAAUUCGAACUUUCGAACACAAAGGGUUUUAUUUUUCUUCUUUUUUUUUUUUCUUUUGCAGUCGACGAUACGAUCUACUAUUCCUCCCUCCUCUCUGGAUGCCGUUCUCCUAUUUUGUAGACUUGUUUACUUGUCACCUCUCCGUUGGAGCGCGUCGCGUUUCGACCCACACGCGAUCCACGCUUCAAGGUUCCACUCGCGGAUCGCUUGGCAGACGACACGAACGCGCUCGCGCAGAUGCAAGCCCCUUUCCCUCUACCUCCUCCUCUCUUUUAACCUCCUCUCGUUCACUCUUUCGUGCGCCUCGAUUGCACACUGCACCAUUGCACCGCGGGGCCAAUGCCCUCGCAGCUUGGUAUCGUCGACUCCGCUCGCUAGCCUCGCUGGCUCUCGGCGACAGCUCGAGCCGUGUACAGUCGAAAAGCGUGUGCAGGCUGCUCGGUCGCGCGCUUUUUUACCAGUCUCUCCCUACUUUCCGCGGUUUAUCGCGUGCACGAGGCCGCGCAUGCAGCUCUCGCUCCCCUUUCGUCGCCCAGCAUCGAGAAUUCAACGCGAAAGGAGGACGGGUCACCGUGUCGCGAGCUGAUUUUUCCAGCAUGCACUUUUGUCGAUCGGGGAAAACCGGCUCGAACCUUUCGAUUCUCUUUACCCAUUCCGGUUUCGAAUUCAGUCGAACCGAGGAACGGAUGAUCUCUCGACGAACGAGAAGAUUGCGAGGUCUUCCGGGUCAUUCGAUGCGCAGACGUUGAUAUUCCAAAAUUUCGCGGACAAUUCGCGAAGGGGUUAAUUAAUUUCUAUUCGCGACUAUCUCGAACGAGAGAUGCUGGUUUCCUCUCGUGUUGGUCGGUCGCGCUAUCGGGCUUCCACAAAUAACGCGGCAGCAGAAAUAAACGCGUAUCGGCUCUGUUAUGUAUUAGCGUCCGUGUAUAUGCGACUAUCGUGCAUCUGCUAUCCGCUUUAUCCGUCUCUUUUGCCGACCGAGAGAGAAGCAAGCUCGUAGGAGGGCAACGUCAAUGGAGAUCGCUGUUCCGAACCGGGUCUUACACGGAACCUUUUAUCGCUCGGUGUCCGUGGCUCGGGGUGAAAGAAACUACUGUGAGGGCGUGUGACAUCAAUGGACGCGUUCCCUGGCAUCGAGCUUUAUCGCCGAUAGAAACGUCGAUCAUCGGCUCUUUCGAUUUUCUUUGUCUUCCUUUCAGACCCACUCGAUGCUUUCAUGGCUUUCCUGUAAUCCUGGCGAAAAGAUACUACAGUCCCUAUUUAAAUUACCAAUUUUUCAUCAAUCGUACCGAUCGAAACGCCUCCUCACUCGAGAUAUCCCGUGAAUCGCGUUACUCGUUAAAGGAGAUCGGCGAACGCCGUCACGGUGCGUAUGCAUUUCCUCGCGACCCAGUUGCAUACAGAAUGCAACGACCGUGGGCUGCGCGUGGCUACCCACGGUAUACCCUGUCGUCGAUUCAAGCUUUCUCCGCUUCGAAAACCGCUUACUCCUCUCGCCUUAUCCUGCAGCUUAACGGAGGUCAUCCUCAAAAAUUGAACUCGUCGCGUCUCGAUAACGGAAGCGAUUGUUUAACGGUGCUCGGGGCGUAUCUGAAAUCGCGCGACACUUCUCGUUUUUCCGUUCGAAGACGACCGGUUUUCUAAGUCGAUGGUCCACGGUAAAAAGUCUCCGGUGUAUCGAUGCCGGUUCGAUGUAUCCUGCUCUCGAUGAGAAGUUCGCGUGACGUUGAUACUAGGAGAAGGUUUUUCUCUCUGUCGAAAGUUGGCCUGGGUAAAAACGAUUCAGCGUUUUUUCCUUGAUCUACUUUGAGAGAAACUGACCGUUCUAUCGGUAGAGAAGAAAAUUCCGGUAAAAUUGAAGAAAAAGUCAUCGUAGUUCGUCUGAAGAUCGAUGGGCUUUUUCUUGAAUAUCGACAAAGUUCCUUUCGUAGUAGAAUAUUAAUCGUCCCUGAACGAUUCCUCGAACUAUAGCCAUAUUUUAAUGAAACAAGCUUUCUUUAUGGGUGCGCACGAAGAAUUUUGCGAGCGAUUGUAUUUUUCGUAUAAAUUUUCGUCAAAGGACACUCGAAUACGCAGCAUCGCUUUGUAAUGGAACGCUUCUUCCCCUCGACGUCGAAAUCUUUGGACGAAUGGAGGAGGGUGAGGAUCGAAAUUCGUUUUCGAGUGGCGUACGCGAGCGAAUAUAAAAUAUUCGCGGGGCAUCGAAGGAGGCAGCCAAGGGUCUCUUUUAAUUACGCGGUCGGGGCAGCGCGAGGAGAGAAAGCGAAGGGCUGUUCGCCGGAGGCUGUCAGUGGGGAAAGAGAAAGAAAGAAAGAAAAAGUACAGGAUCAUAAAGCAUUCGCGCAAUAAAGCUGCCUGCAACAACGGGCAGGCUACAUAUUUUAAGAAAUUAAUUUGUCGAAGGACAAAUUGCCUCGUUCCUCCUCGCGAUACACGAGAAGGAACCGAGGGGGUGGGAACGAAAGGGAAAGUUUAACCUUGCCACUCGAUCUUUCUUUCCUUUUUCUUUCUCUCCCCUCCAAGCUUCUGAAAGGGUAGAAAUCUCGCGAGUCUUUACCCGAGGGGUGGUAGGAGGGCAGCAUCGCGGAAACUCCGUUUCGGCUAAUUUACGCGCUCGUAAAUCUCGCGGCGCCUGGUCGCGUUGUUGCGUUGCAACUCCUCGGCCCCCGGGAAAAUAAUAACGAAGCGCGAUUUGUAAAAAGAGUUGAUCGAUGGCGGAGGGACAAAGUUUGUCGAAGGGGUGAGAAUAGUCUUUAAAGUCGCAUCGUUCUAUCUUGAAAUAUUUUCCAUCCCCUCCACGAGAAUCUUCUAAAGCUCUUUUAUGAAACGCCCUGUAUAAUUUCCUCCCACGCGUCGUUUCGGUGGAGUGAAAUAAAACUCGCAGCUUUACCGUCGCGUCUCUGAGUCGUCGAAAGAAACGAAGGAACGCUUUAUUUAUGCCUUUCUGCGUUUAUGGAUACGGAAGACGGGGGGUAGCGUUCGUUUUUGCCCUCUGCUCGUCGCGCGUCUCCUUUUUCUUACUCUCCCCCGUCAGGAAUUCGAAAUCGAGGGUGCCGCGUUUUCUCUCGGCGAUGUCUAAUCGGCGGCUACUCUGCUCGCUUCGUUGUCUUCCUUCAGGACUCACGGAUCCGUGGAUACGCGUUCCUGGAAUAUCGUCUUCACGGAAAUCGUCUUCUCGUGGAAACGUCGGAUAAAAGUAGCGAGACGUUGCUUCUCCCUGUUUGUCCAAGUAUGACAGACACUUCCUCCGGGAUUCCGUUUCGUUGCCUUCGACAGGCACGCACCAUCGAACCAACAUUUUCUGCAGCGUCAGAGUACCAAGUACAUAUUCGCCUCUUAACGAUGAUUGAAGUGCCAACAUCGCAUGUAGAGUAUCUCCUGCUAACGAUGUCUGUAAAUAGCUUCUCCUUUUCUUCCUUCCAGUUUGUCCUUCGAUUCAAGUUUCAACCCUUUCACUGACCGAGUC